AAUCGACGUUCAACAAGCUCGUGAGAGAGUACUGCAUUCGUUAGUCAGCCAGCUAAGCCAGAGAAGUAGAAGUAGCAUAUAGUAUACCGUUGGCCUUAGUCGUCGUUCAACACAGCCUUUAUUGGAAUUAAACGCGAAAAGGGGAAAAAAGUGGAAGUGCCAGUUCGUUAAUCGAAGGAAUUCAUCAGUUUGCAUCACCAAUCGCAAAGUGCACUUUGUCAAGUUUUGUCUUCCUAUGGUGAACGCGUAUUCGCAUACUUCGUAACGUGAGAUUUGUGCAAAAAAUAAAAGCAAACUGUGAAGAUCAGAAGAAAAAAGAGGCGAGAAAGGUAGAAGAAGGUUUGCUCUUGUGGAAGAUAUAUACACUUUUUGCUGCUGUCGAAAUUCGACUGAGAAAAAGAGUUUCCGUCGGGUUUGAGUGAAGAAAAUAGGCGAUAAAGUCGGGCGUAGCAGAUAGCAGAAACAGUUUCGUUCGCCACCAGCAGCAAGCGGAAAAUUUCAUCAAAAUGGUUAUCAAAGUCUACGUCAGCGGAAUGUCGGGAAAUAAGGAGGUCAAAAAGCGCCAGCAGCGGGUGACGAUGAUCCUCGACAGCAAACACAUCCCGUACACCCCGAUCGACAUCACAGAACCCGGCCAGGAGGGCGAGAAGGAAUUCAUGCAGAAGCACUCCGAUCACAACGGAUCGACGAUCAGCGAUCCCAACCCGAGACAUCCCCUGCCACCACAGAUUUUCAACGACGAGGAUUACUGCGGCGACUACGACGAUUUCGAUCUGUCGAACGAGGUUGACCAGCUGGAGGUGUUCCUGAAGCUUGAGGCACCCAAACCGGUGAGCGAAGAGGAAGAACUGCAACAGCAGCAGCAGAAGAAUGGCACCGGCGACGACGAGCAGGACACGACGAGCCAGGUGGCGACGGCGGCGGAAGAUGAUGACGAGAACAAAGAAAAUAAGACUGAAGAGGGAGCGAAUGAGGUUUGAGUUGUUUCCGAUGGGCCAGUUUUUUUUUUGUUUUCGUGUUAAAACAUUUUUCACAGCUUUUUUUCGUUUCUCAAUACUUACCCGGUUUGUCACUACUAGCGUGUGGCUUAUGCGAAAAAAAUGCUUCCCAGAAAUAAGUUCUACCGAUUCGCGCCCCGUCGUAAAUCAUAUAGCAUAUCUGCGUGUGUGUGAUGUAUGAAAUUUGAAUUGCAUUUUUCGUUCUGGUUUUUUCCUUUGAGCAAUAAUUUACGCUAUCCGUGUGUAUCGUUGGCAAAUGCAGUUGAACUAACCAAAUAGAUUGCUAUAUAAAAGUAUAUAGAAAAAUAAUAGAACGCAUGUAUUUUACUUGCAAAUCAAUCGUUGUUUUUGGUGGUGAGACAAGAUCCACAUUAAAUUUCCGUUUGCACUGUUGCGAUCUUGGAUGACUUGUUCAUGCGCUUAAAGCUAUACAGUAGUCGUUCGCUAACUGGACUUCCUUUAAAUGGACUUAUCUUUGAUAGGGCGUACGUUAAUUGAUUGAUUGAUUCUUCGUUUUUAAGAGGCUCUAAACUUUGCAGUUCAUUCGCCUCUAAUUCGUACGUUAACUAGGCUGCAGCCCAUUUAUGUAUCAAUAAUAGACGUCAUUUUCAACUUGAUGUUUUGCAGUGCAGUGAGGGAAUAGAAUUUGAUAAUUGAGUUUUUUUCCGGCCCAGUUAGCGAACAAGUACUGUAGUUACAUUUAGUUAUGACAUCAGUCAGGUAGUGCCCAACUGUUAGGAAAAGCUAUUUAGCUAUGUUUAGCUGUAAUCGAUUACUAACAAGCGUUUAGUGUUUAACACAUUCAGUAUAGAAGGGGCAAAACAAGAACCAGAAGUGCAUUUUUUGUUAGUUUGAUAUUUCAACUAAUAGAGAAGCUAGCAGUAAACAAGCGAUAAGAUAAGAUAGUCAGUCGUAAUUGCGUAUCCUCGUUUCCAACAGUCGCGCAGAGGGCCUCUUUUUUACACACAGAUUCCCAAUUUGUUGGCUUGUUAAUCCUGGAAAGUUAUAUAUAAUAUAGCCAUUUUACAAUUAUUCUAGUUAUUGCAAUCGCAAUCGAUAAGCACCAUGUUAAUUCUGAAGGUAGUUUGCCGGAUUUUUCGUAAUGUCCAAAAUUUACCAAAUAGAUAAUUGAUUGAAA